AUGUCUGAGGCCAGGAUUUAUUUAGAGAAAAGGGGUGGACAGAUCCUAGAGAACGUCACUGUUGCCAAGGUCAGGAGGACACUUAGUAAGGUCGUGGGAGAAAAACCAAUAACUGAGGACACAGUUUUCGAAAACAUGAAGGACCAUGUUGCCCAACAGAAAAAACCAAACACAAAGUCAAAAACGACCAAAAAACAACAGAAGUCAAUGUCCAAGAAGGACUUACCUUUGAACAUCUCUAUGUCUCCUAGGCCUGUACAACAACCCAGCACAUCCAGCAAUAAUCGGAAGGCAGAUGUAGAAUCCACACCAUCCAUAAUUUCCGAUUCUGGUGAUGAAGACGACACGGAAGUAUGCUCAGUUUGUGAGAGGUUCACUCCAGCUGAGUUGAAAUUUUGUGUAAACCUGACACUGGUAAAGUGGGGAUGCUGCGAUAAAUGCGACAGAUGGGUACAUUUGAGAUUUUGUUCCCCCGUGAAAGUACUGAGGAGAAACGACCCCUUCUUGUGCCCAAAAUGCACAGAGGAGGAGUAG